CAGAGAAAAAGAAGAAAUUGAUGAUCAACAACACCAGUCGCAUCCGAUUCCAUAUCAUUAAAAUUGAAAAUAGACCUCCUGUUAGACUGUGGGAGCGCGCGCGCAGAUCAAAGUUAUUGUCAUUUUGAAUCCUAUUCGCUAGUUUUAAUCGUUUCGUUGGUCAUCCGCCUUACUAAGUACUUGGUUGCUCGGUAGAGACUUUUUUCUGUGAGAUUUUUUUUUUCGCCCUCGUUCGCGUCCACCGAUCCCGGAGAAUCGACCAUCCCCAGCGCCAGCUGCUAAGCAUCCACAGCAAACGCCCCUCUUUGAGCUCUUGCUAUCUCUACCUUCGUCUGGAGUGACUCGAAAAAAAAAACCCAUACGCGUUUCUUCAGUUCCGGGCACGUUCAAAGGUCGAGAUUGUAUCACAAUUGGCUUUUACAGUGGAAUCUCGUGACGUGUCUUGUCCUUCCUUAGCUUCAGUUGUCCAAUCCACAACCGUACACAUAGACAAGUUCGAACAGGUUGCUCGCGGUGCAACUUGUAGGCUCCAGACCCUCAAACGAACAAUCAGCCAUCUACAUAUACACUGGCUUCACCAGUAAGAUAGUGCGCAGCAAACGCAAGGGUCAAGAUGGCGGCGGCAAAGGCAUCGGCGGUCAAGGAGGCGGUCAAGGAGACAUUGAUUGGUUCUACUGAAGAGCCGGCCAAGCUUUCGGCCCAGACCAAGGCGCGCUUCACCAAGUAUGCCGUCAGUGAUGCAUCGGGCGAACUGGCAAUGGGCCCUGAAGAGUUCAUAAACGCCGUUGCGCCUGCCGAAGAGGACUAUCACAAGAUCCAACGCGAGCAGUACUCAAUCCUAUUCAGGGUCGCCGAUCGCAAAGGCUCGGGCAAAGUGACCCUCUCGGACUGGGCAUACUUCGAGAACAUCCUCAGCAAGCCAGAUGCCGAGUACGAGAUUGCAUUCCGUCUCUUCGAUGUCGAGCGCCUGGGAACCGUCAAAUAUGAAGACUUCAGGAGGCUGUACGAGCUCAACAAGGGCGAGCACACCAUACCCUUCAACUGGGACUGCGAAUGGGCGAAGCUAUACAUCGGCGACAAGAAGAAGCGCCACAACAUGGACUACCAGCAGUUCUCUCAGAUGCUCCGUGGCCUGCAAGGCGAGAGGAUCAGGCAAGCCUUCCAGAUCUUCGACAAGGACGGCGAUGGCUACAUCGAGCCCGAGGAGUUUGAGCGAAUCAUCCUGGAAACCUCCAAGCAUAAAUUGUCCGACCAUGUCCUCCUCCACCUGGGCACCCUGUGCAACAUCUCGCAGGGCAGCAAGGUGUCGUACGCCAACGUGCGCGCCUUCCAGAACAUGAUCAAGGAGAUGGACCUGGUCGAGCUCAUCGUCAGGCGAGCUUGCGCAAAGAGCACCGACGGAAAGAUCACUAGGGCCGAGUUCCUCAACCAGGCCGCCAAGAUCACCCGCUUCUCGCUCUUUACGCCUAUGGAGGCAGACAUCCUUUUCCACUUCGCCAGCCUCGACGAGCCCUCUGGCCGCCUGGGCCUGCGGGACUUUGCCAAAGUGCUCGAUCCUUCAUGGAGGAAUCUCGACUCUGACGACCUGGCGCCGAAGCUGGCGGCCGCGGUCGGCCAGUCCACGGCCUCAAAGUUCCUCGGCAACGCCAUGGAGUCGGCUUACAACUUUGCGCUAGGCAGCGUUGCCGGCGCAUUUGGUGCGUUCAUGGUUUACCCCAUCGACCUUGUCAAGACGAGGAUGCAGAACCAGCGCGGCGUCCGUCCCGGUGAGCGGCUGUACAAGAACUCAAUCGACUGUUUCCAAAAGGUGGUGCGCAACGAGGGUUUCCUCGGUCUUUACUCGGGUGUCCUUCCCCAGCUUGUGGGUGUGGCGCCAGAAAAGGCCAUCAAGCUCACUGUGAACGACUUGGUGCGCGGCUGGACGACGGACAAGAACGGCAAGAUUGGUCUCCCUAGCGAAAUCUUAGCUGGUGGUACGGCUGGGGCCUGUCAAGUUGUCUUUACGAACCCUCUCGAGAUCGUCAAGAUCCGACUUCAGGUGCAGGGCGAGGUCGCCAAGACAGUAGAGGGUGCACCCAAGCGGUCGGCCAUGUGGAUCGUCCGAAACCUGGGUCUCGUCGGUCUCUACAAGGGUGCCUCAGCCUGCCUGCUCCGUGACGUUCCCUUCUCGGCCAUUUACUUCCCGGCAUAUAGCCACUUGAAGAAGGACGUCUUUGGCGAGUCGCCGACCAAGAAGCUCGGCGUCCUGCAGUUGCUCCUUUCCGGUGCCAUCGCCGGUAUGCCUGCUGCGUACUUGACGACGCCGUUCGAUGUGAUCAAGACGCGACUGCAGGUGGAGCAGCGCAAGGGCGAGACGAGCUACACUGGUCUGAGGCACGCAGCGACGACCAUCAUGAAGGAGGAGGGACCCCGGGCCUUCUUCAAGGGCGGACUGGCCCGAAUCUUCCGGUCGUCGCCUCAAUUUGGGUUCACCCUUACUGCGUACGAGAUCCUGCAGACGGCCAUCCCGUACCCGGGCAGCAAGUCGGCGAGCCAGGACCAGCUGCACCCAGGAAUCGCUGGUGGCAGCGGCAUCACCACGGUCGCGACGCUUUCGGAGAAGAAGGCCGACUCGACUCCCUUCGCGCGCAGCAGGAACGCCCUCAAGAUCAUUCUGGACCUGGAUGAGGACUUUGGUCGCAUGAAGCGACCAGACGAAGAGGCCUGGAAGUCGCUGCCGGCUGUGAUGGGCGGCAAGAGCAACUAAAGAAUACACCGGCAAAAGAUUUUGCGGCUGGCGGGGGAACUAGAUAAUAGAUUAUUUCUUGAGAGGAAUUGCGGUAUGGAUAGAGGCAUGGAAAGCAAACAUGAUACAUAUUGUACUUGAAUGGGGUUCUUGGUCUUGUUCUU